AUGUCCGACCAAUCCCCCGCCUCAGUAACUCCACCCCCCGCACCGUCCGACCCCCCCAAAAUCCCCUCCUCAACUUCUACCGACGACUUACCCGUGGCCCUAUCCGCCUCACUAGUCCUAACCUCCCUCCCACGCGACGGCAAGAUUGCGCUGGACAAAGCCCUACACCCACGCCCCACAAAGAUCAACAUCCGCUUCAAGCCCAUCGGCUCCGCUCCUGCACUCGACAAGGCAGUGUACAAGAUCAAGACCAGUCAACGGUUUGAGAACGUGGUCAAGUUUCUCCGCGAUAGUUUGGGGCUUAGGAACUCAGAGGGGAUUUUUUUGUACGUCAAUUCGACAUUUGCGCCGGGAGGGGAUGAGAAUGUGGGGAAUCUGUGGAAUUGUUUUCGGGUGGAUGAUCAAUUGAUUGUUUCGUAUGCUAUGAAUCGGCUUUUGGGUGAAUUGGAAUGGGGUAUUAUGGCUUGUGGGUAGGAUGGAGAUUGGAUAAAAAUAAAGUUUGUUGAACUCCA